UUGCUGGUUUGUAUUCGCAAGGCAUUUGUUGCGUGUCUCAGGUGGGUCCAGCCGUCGUGGGGGUUGGGCCGGCCAGGUUGUCAUCCUGCUAACCAGUGUCGAUUUCGGACCCUCGGGUCAUCACCGCGGAAAAGAGGGAUUUUGAUGCCAAUUCUCCCACUGGGCCUCAGCAAGGACGAUGUGGAGAAAGCCCGGACUAGAGCCAGCAGGAGCACCUUCCAACAGAACAUGGAGAGGUACAUGGAGAAGCGCUCAGAUACCCGUCUCGCGCAGCUCGUUGGAGGCGCCGAUAUUGAUGCGAUUGACGUCAACGCAGAAAACGGAGCGUCAGAAAGCCUGAGACAUCCGAAACCUUUCAACAUCAAGAGCCAAAUCAUUCUGGCCGUGUAUGACAUGGCAUAUGACGAAGAGAAGAUGAUGCCAAAUGGGCGUUCCGAAGCUGAGAACAGGCUUUUUGCGACAAGCGUGAACAAUUUCACAGUGGAAGAGUUUUCUGAUUGCUUUUUGAGGAUGCACAGUGAACUCGAGAAGGACUCUAUAUGGGGAAAGCUGCGCACCAUGUGCUUCUUGCCAUUUGGAAUCUUGGGGGCUGCAGAGGCACGAGAUGUCAGAGCAGCCGAAAGGAGUUGCAUAUGGAGAGCGCAACUGGAAUCUGUAUAUCAAGCUACAUGCAAUUCUAUCGGCAUCAGCCUUUUUCUGAUUCCACUGGCGGGGCCUUUCCUCGGAAAAAUCUGCCACAUGUUCAUGGGCUUCCCUGGUUGUGUCUACGCAGAGGGAACCAUUGCGCGAUACAGCUUUUUCGCUACAAUGCCUGAUCCUGAAACUGGCAACGACGCUGUUAUUUUGGAAGUUGGUUUCUGGAGUCGAGCGUCCUACGGCCUCUGCUACCUGCGUGUCGCUUGCGCGGGAGCGGCUGUUGCACUGAGCCCAAGUAUGCCAGAUGGCUGCGCGCCGGAAUCUGAAGGGUUGAAUUGA